CACCCUUUUUUGGCUUGGUUGUUUUUUGACCCUUAAAUCCCUUCUACCAUGAAAGGACACAGUGUUCCUCCUACCUGGAGGAUUCAGGAGGAAAGCAUCAUUUUGGAAACGGAGAGCAGUCCUCAGCAGACAUACAUCUCGCAAGCACCUUGAUCUUAAACUAUCCAGCCUCCAGAACUUUCACCCUUGGAGGACAGGUAACCACAGGACCCCAAAGCCUAAGGUGACCCAAACCCAAAAACCCAGGACGCGCCCAGGGCGCUUUGCUGAGCACUGAGCACUGAAAUGCUUGCUUGAAUUCACUGAGAACGCCGGAUCCAGAGACAAGUCCAAAGCCAGCCACCCGCGCCGCCAAGGCGGGGCCAGAACUGGCGACAGGCGGCUGGGUUCGCCCAGGGCUGGGGACAGAAGCUGCGUCCGCCGCUGGAGCUCAGCGCGGGUUCCCUGGAGACGCCGUCCCGCGGCCCGCCCGCUACAGUUUCUCUGACAGGUGCCAGACUAUGUUCGCAGUCCUGAUUCUUCUCAGUCACCUGCCCGCGGUUACCAUCGCGUUUCCUCAUUGCACAAGAAGCCUUCAGGAUUCCGGGCAUGCCAGAGCAGAAGUCUUUACAUCAAAAGAAGAAGCCAACGUUUUCAUCCGCCGACGCCUCCUGUAUAACAGAUUUGACUUGGAGCUCUUCACUCCCGGAGACCUAGAAAGGGAGUGCAACGAAGAACUUUGUAAUUAUGAGGAAGCCAGAGAGAUUUUUGUGGACGAAGAUAAAACGAUGACAUUUUGGCAGGAAUAUUCAAUUAAAGGACCAUCCUUAAAAUCAGAUAACAGAGAGAAAAUCGAUGUUAUGGGUCUGCUGACUGGAUUAAUUGCUGCUGGAGUAUUUUUAGUUAUUUUUGGAUUACUUGGUUACUAUCUUUGUAUUACUAAGUGUAAUCAGGAACAAUAUCCAGGUUCUUCAGCCGUCUACGUAAGGAGGAGCAGGCACGCUCCCUCCAUCAUUUUCAGAAGACCCGAGGAGGCUGCCUUAUCUCCAUCGCCGUCUUCUGCCGAGGACACUGGGUUACCUUCUUACGAACAGGCGGUGGCACUGACCAGAAAGCAGAACGUUUCACCACCGCCACCAUAUCCUGGGUCACCAAAGGCUUUUAGGGUUUUUAAAAAGUCUAUGUCACUUCCAUCUCACUAAGCUCACCUUGCCAUCUUGGUAGAAGAAACUCACGGUAUUUGAAUGGUUUGUUCUCCCUGAACCAAAAUAAAUAAAUAAAUAAGCAGUGGCAAGGAAUAAAGGAGGCAUCAGCUAUGUACUACACUAAAGAAGUUCUGUCUGCAUCUUGGACCUGAACUUGAUCAUUAUCAGCUUUGAUAAAAAACUUUUAUGCCAUAUUCUUGCAGUUCAGAAGAAAGCACUUUUUUGUAUUGUUUAUCUUAAUGGUUCAGAAAAAUCUCUGUGAUAGCAUAGUUAGAAUUAGUGAACUCUUAGUAACUUUUGUAUAGAAAAAUGUUAUAGAUCCCAUGUGUUGAAUAUUUAAAAAGUAGAAUUUCUAUUCAUUAGAUUAUCCCAAGUUAGGAUAUUGGACCCAGUCAUUAUUAAGAUUUCCUUUCUGUUGGAAAUACUUACAGAUUUUGACAUUUCAAUGUAAAAUUGUGGCUUUAAUAUAACCACUUGGUUUAUAAAUUAUGACACAGCAUUUACCAUAUUUUAUCCUAAACUUUUGCUACCAGUCAUGUUACAUUAUGGGGAGUGGUGAAGUGAGUAGCUUUCUUUUUCUGAAAAAUACUGUUUGAUAUGAAGGUGGUUGUUCACAGGGUACAGGGUUGCAAUGGCAAAGAUAUGCAAGGGUUGCUAAGUUAGCAAGUGAGUAAUAGUCCUCCAAUCUAGGAGUGACUAGUACUUUAUAAAACUGCCCAUGUUAUUCAUGAGUAGAUCUUCAUUGCUAAAUUAUCAACAUAUUAAAAAUAUUUCAGAAAGUUCAAGGAAAAUGGCAUUAAACAAUAAGUUUCGUUUGGCUCAAUUAAUUUGAAGUCCAUGCAUAGUUUGUUCCUAAUCUGUGCUUCCCAUUAACUUUUUAAAAAUCCCUUGUAUAUAACUAAAUACAACUACUUAUCUUAAAAUUUGUUGAACUGCAUAAAUAAUAGCUUGAGAAUAUGGAAAAAGUAAUUUGCCUUUCUGUUAUUAAAAUAAUAUUGUUGAAAGUUACCAACAACCCCUUGCAUCUCUUAAUAUUUCUGAACAGAAAAGAAAAACGCCAUAAAUAGCUGUCUUGAACCAUACUUUGUCUAUUUUUUUAAUCAUUUAUAUGACCAGUUUUUCCUUAUCAAGAUAGCAUAAUAUAAGCCAUAAACCUCUGGAGUAAGUACAUGUUCACAAAUUUAUAUGGAUGAGUAUGUAUGUAUAUAUGUAUAAAUUUGUUUUUGUUUUUACAGGAGCUCAAAAAAUAAUAUACUCCUAAAAACUAGAGUAGAAAAUUCUGUUGUGCUUUUGCCAGGCAUUGCAUUUUCUUUUAUUAGAGAUCACUUAUCGAAUGUUAUUUUGUUUUAUAAUUACAGAGAUGAGACUGCAAACCCAAAUGCAUUUGAUAACUCCUUCCUAAUUAAAUGUAUAGAAAAGAUGUACUGGGUGGGCAGUUAGCCUGGUGGUUAAGGUGCCAGUUAAGACGUUCGCAUCCCAUACUGGAGUACCUGGGUUUGAAGCCUGGCUAUGGCUCUUACUCAACCUCCCCUAUAAUGCAGACCCUGGAAAGCAGCAGUAAAGGCUCAAAUAAUUGGGUUCCUGCCACCCAUGUGAGAGACUUGAACUCACCCCCAGCUUCAGCCCAGCUCAGCCCCAGCCCUUGCAGACAUUUGGGGAGUGAACCAGCAGAUGAGAGCUUCUUGCUGUUUUGUUGUUGUUUAAUCUUUCUCUCUAAUAAAUUAAAAAAGAAGAAAGUAUACAUCUUAUUACAGGACAUGUGUGAGUGCAUGUCUCUCUUUUAGGACUGCAUGAUCUUGAGACAGGUAAAAGUAAGACCUUUACUUGUUAAAAACUGCUUCAGACUACCUGUUUAGAUUCCCAGAGUCUUUGGUUGUCACAAAGACAUCAUCUGGCAACACUGAGAUUUAAUUAGGAAAAGCUGGAUUUCUUUAGAGCCACCCACAGUACCUAUAAAAAUCUAUUUGUCAUAUCUUGGCUUUACAUCAAGCACUUUCAUUUUUGCACUUUGCACUUAUUUUAAUACUAGUUAAAAGGUUACAGGCAAAGUCUGCUUUGCCCACUCUGUAAUAAUCAGGAUAAGACAAAGAAGGACAACUUGCCCAAAAUCUAACAGGUUGGUGAGAGUCCAGUUUAGAAUGAAUGAACACAUUUUUCUAGUCCCAUCUUGUGCCUUUGAAAGUUACAUUGCCUCAAAUUAAUCUUGUUACUUAAUUCCAAGUCUGUGAUAGAAAUUUGCAAGUAUUUCUCAUGUAUACAUACAUGUGUAUAUGUACAUAUAUCACAUAUCUGGAUAUGUAUUCUCACUCAUAUGUGAGACAUUCUUAAGAUAAAUAGAAAUAUACAAUACGUGUGUGCCUAAACUGAACUAGAAUUUUAAGCAUAGAUGCAUUCAUUUACUUCUAUUGACUUCCAGAAGUCUAACUGUAAAGCUAGCUUCAGAACCUGUGUAACCCCACUCUGCCCCAGCAGAUUUGUCAUCUGCCAUAAUUUAGUGUAAACUUGAAUGAAUCUAGAACUUGUCAAUAUUAUUAAAUCAUUGGCAUUUAUAGAGCAUCAAAUGCUGAGAUCCUAAUACAUAUAGAAAAUGUGAUAAACCCAUUAAUGACCAAUGCUCACACUAAAUGAAAGGAAAGUAUCUUAAUACAAAAUCACUGAUAUGUAUUUCUAUCUCACCUUUUUCUAUUCCUAUUUGGAGUUUUGUUUGAGUGCUGUGUUUUGUUUGUGUUUCUUGCUCAGGCUGGUGAUUAGAUUUAACCAUUUACCACUGACCUGAGAUUUUAUAUUUGUAUAUAAGUAGUUAGGAAAUGAAUGGAAGAUAAGUAUAACAGGCAAGUUGGACUUGGUACUACACGGUAAUUACACGUGGUAACACCUUCACUAAUUAGAUAAUUCUACCUAGAAAAUUUUCUUCUGGCCAAUGAAGAAAAAAAAAUUAGAGAGCACAAACUCUGUGUGAAAGUUUUGCAUCUGAGAAGGAGAAAACUUAGAACAAUUAGAAGCCAGAGAGCAGGAGUGGGGAACAUAUAGCCCAUGAUCCACAUAAGGCCCGUGAAAUUGUUCAGUCUGGCAAUGCUAAGGAAACUGCUGGUGGGACUCAAAAGGCAUUAAAUUGGGACAGGCACCAUAGCGCAAUGGUUUAAGCCAUGGUCUGUAGUGUCAGCAUCCCGUAUGGAUGCUGGUUUGGGUGCUGGUUUGAAUCCUGGCUGCUCCACUUCCAAUCCAGCUCUCUGCUAAUGUACCUGGGAAGGCAGUGGAAGAUGCCCAAGUGCUUGGGCCUCUGCCCCCAUGUGGGAGAUCUCUCUCAGUCUCUUCUUCUGUAACUCUGCCUUUCAAAUAUAUAAAUAAAUCAUAAAAAUUGUUUCAAUAAAUCUAUAGCAGGCCAAUUCUUUUUAAAGAUUUAUUUAUUUGAGAGGUAGAGUUAACAGAGAGAGGUCGGGACACAGAGAGAGGUCUUCCAUCUGUUGGUUCACUCCCCAGAUGGCCGCAAUGGACAGAUCUAAGCCAACCCAAAGCCAAGAGCCAGGAUCUUCUUCAGGUCUCCCUCGUGGGUGCAGGGGCCUAAGCACUUGGGCCAUCUUCUACUGCUUUCCCAGGCCAUUGCAGAGAGCUGGAUGGGAAAAGGAGCAGCAGGCACAUGAACCAGCACCCAGAUGGGAUCCAGGUGCCACAGGCAGAGGCUUAGCCUACUAUGUCACAGCGUUGGCCCCUACAGGCCAAUUUUUAAGUGAAUAAUUUUGUACAGCCCAUGAAUGAUGAUAGAAAUAUCCAAAUGAUUUUUAGCAGUAAAAAGGUUCCCCCCAGAGCAACAGAGUGUUGUUCUUCCAUGUUUUUGGUUUUCUAUUUACCUCUAAAAUUCUUCUUCUAUUUUGUCUGAAAGAUAGAGUUACUGAGAGAAAGAGGGAGAGAGAAAACUUCCAUCUGCUGGCUCACUCCCCAAAUGGCUGCAAUGCCCAGGGAUAGGCCGGUCUGAAGCCAGGAGCCAGGAGCUUCUUCCAGGUAUCCCAUGUUGGUGCAGGGUCCCAAGCACUUGGGCCAUGCUCCACUGCUUUCCCAGGUGCAUUAGCAGGGAGCUGGAUUGGAAGUGGAGCAGCCGGGACUCAAACUGGCACCCAUAUGGGAUGCUGGCUUCGCAGGUGGCAGCUUUAUCCACUACACCACAGUGCCAGCCCCUGCCUCUAAGAUUCUAAUCAACUUUUUCCUGUUUUUCAGGUAAUUUGUGUGAAUACUUUUCCUAAAUGCUAAAAGAUCUGCUAGUAUAUUGAAAGCUCACUUUCAUGUUGUUUAUGUUUUAAGUGAAUGUGAAUUAAAUUUUUGUUAGUUAAUGGCUUGAUUUGAAAUGUUAUAUAUGGCAUUUAUGUUAUUAGAGAAAUGUCUAACAUUUCUGUAGUUUUUAAAGAUUAAUUAAGUUCUUUUGUAGAUGCUACCUACUUUAGCAUUUUGGAACACCGACAACAUAUGUUGAUGCCUUCAAUCUUCUGUAUUAUGUGUUUCCUCGAACUUUGUAUUAAAAACUUUUUCCUAAUGGUUUAGAAGUUUAAGGUAAUCUAGCUCAAAUAUAUCAGUAUUUUCAUUAUUUAGGAAAAACAACCAGUUUUCAAAUGGAUAUUUUCCUAAAAUCUAAUUGUGGUUUUAUUUUAAUGAGUUUCUUAUGAUAUACACUUUUUAUAUAUGUAAAUAAACUUUAUACUAAGUAAAUAUUUAU